GACCAUUUUUACGCCCGAAUUUUUUUCCAUGGCUCGUUCCAACGUUCUAAAUCCGCAAAUUUCGCCCAUUCCUAGGGACCUUUUUGUCAUUGUCAAACCCAGAUUAUUUUAUAUUGGCAAUAUCCAAAACCUUUUAAAUGGAACCAGCGGAGACCACGCGAUCGGCGAAAAAGAUGCAGCGGCCCCCAGGACUAACGCAAUUUUCUCAUUUUCAGCAUGUCUGCGGCCAAUAUCCUGUGUCUAAUUUGCAAUGGAAGCUGCGUGUCCAGUCGGAACUCGAUCCCAAUAUUCAACAAAGAGACAAAAACCAGCCUUGACACCCCUCUGAUGGACACGGUGACCAAAGUACUCAAAGACCUGACUGAAGAAUCGGCGCAUUCCCAGGUGAUGUGCAAGAAAUGCUUCAAAAUGUUUGAUGAAAUCGACGAACUGGAAAACAGAUUGGCGGAAAUCAAAGGUGAAGUCGUCAAUAGCUACACAAACACGACGACAAGGCACAAAAACGGGGACGUUCAAAUCGACGAGAGUGAGACUAUGGAGAAUGGGAUCAAAAGUGCUGAAGCGAACAAAGAAAAUGAGUUGCCCAGGAAGAUAUUGGAUAUACCGUCUUCAGAUGAUGAUACUACACAACAGGUGGUGAUGGAAAAGAGUCAGUUACAGACUAUUGAAGACAUUGAGAUGGAGUUGGUGAAAAUGCAUGGUGGUAUUGAGAACAUAGAAACUGUGAAAGUGAGGCAAAAGGUUGAUGAUGGUGUUGCAAAUGAGGGUUUCCAGGAGCUGACUGGGGAUAUUAUAGAUUCGGGGGCUGUUGAUCAUUCGUCAGAUUCAGAUUAUGAGCCACCUGUCAGUGUUGAAAACUCCAUCAGCAGUAAGAAUAAUUCAGACAUCAAAGUGAAAACGGAGCCGCCCCUCGACGGAGGCGGCAGUGACCGCCCUAACAUCCUCCGCAAGAAGCCCUCGACCGUCGAAUCUUUGAAAGUCAAGGAAGAGCCCGUCCAUCUGCAGCCGAUGGUGGCUCGCCAGGACUCCCUCUUCACCUGCCUGGUCUGCCAAGGCGAAGAAACCGUCGCCGGAGACGUGCGCGCCAUCACCGCCCACAUGAAGUCCUGCCACGACAUCCGACUGUACAUUUGCGACGUCUGCGGCCAGGACUUCCGCAAGCGCAACGAGCUCUCUGCCCACCUCGACGAGCACGUCGCUGCAGAAGAGGGCGACUUCCAGUGCGAGGUAUGCAACAGGAUCUUCAGCAACCUACGUCUCUUCCGGAUUCACAGGCGGAUGCAUUACCCUCAGAACAAGGCGUGGCCGUGCGAGACCUGCGGCAAGAAGUACAGCAGUAGGAAUUUGCUGGAGGAACACAUCAACACGCACACGGGGGUGCGGCCGUACGUGUGCCAGCAGUGCGGGAAGGACUUCGCGUCCAAGUACACGUUCAGGGCUCACGAGAAGACGCACGAGGUGAGGCCGCGGCCGUUCGCUUGCCAGCAAUGUCCCAAGACGUUCUUGAGUCAGCAGAACCUGGUGCAGCACGAGAGGACGCAUUCGGGAAUCAAAGAAUAUAGCUGCCAUUUGUGUGGGAAGCGAUUCGGCUCUGCCCACAACCUGGAGGUCCACUCCAUCGUGCACACCGGCUACCGGCCUUUCGUGUGCGAGAUCUGCCACAAGGCGUUCGCCCGCAAGGCCGAGAUCCGCGAUCACGAGCGCACUCACACCGGCGAGCGGCCCUACCAGUGCGAGAUGUGCGGGGCGACGUUCUCGCAGCGCUCUAACUUGCAGUCCCACAAGCGCGCCACCCACCUCGACGACAAGCGAUACGUAUGCAUGGAUUGCGGCAAGGGCUUUAAGCGGCGGCGCCUCCUUGACUAUCACAUGAAGGCGGCGCACACCGGCGAGCGCCCGUUCAAGUGCAACGUCUGCGACGCCACCUUCGUGUACCCCGAGCACUUCAAGAAACACCGGCGGAUCCACACCGGCGAAAAGCCGUUCCUGUGCGAAGUGUGCGGUAAAGCGUUCAACAGCAGGGACAACCGCAAUGCGCACAGGUUCGUGCACUCCGACAAGAAACCUUACGAGUGUUUGGUGUGCGGCGCUGGUUUCAUGCGGAAGCCGCUGCUAUACCAGCACAUGCAGACGCAGGGCCACUUGAACGACACGAUCGUGGUGAAUCAGCCGCGGUUGACGACGGACGACGACCAGCUAGUGACUGUGAACUCGAGGGGCGAGAUGGAGAUCGUGGAUCCGAUGUCGCUGGCAGAGGCGGUGGAGGGGGAUUCGGGUGUACCGGAGGACUCAAAGCUAUACAUCUCAGAGCACAUUUUACAGUCACCAGCAGAGCAAGAGAGCGGAGAGGCGGAGGGGCUGGAGACGGUGGAGCACAUCAUCAUAGAUGGACAACACAUCCGGUUCGAGAACGAGGACGAAGAGAUGGACACGAUCACAGGCGAAACGCUGGCGGAAAGUGAGACGCAGAUCAUAGAGACUCCAGACGGGCCGGUGCAGCUGGUGCGGGUGAGGAUACCGAACGAAAACGGGGAGGAGGAGGAAGCGUGGAUCAAAAUUGUGCCAGAGUAGAUAGAAACUUUACUUCCAGUUGAUAUUUCCUGUUGAUUUUAAAUAUUUUCUGUAAAGUUAGGGUAAGAGACACCACGUGCUGGUAUGUCAUCGUUUUAGUUUCUUUUUUUAUGUUUUAAUUUCGGUCAUAUUUAUUACAGAUGACUUGUACAUGAGUUGUAUAUUUCAAACAAUAAAUUAAUGAGAAUUUAA